CUUAGCUUUACAAGGCUUGCGGAACUCUUAACCAAGUUAAAAUCGUACUCGAAAUUAAAAGACUGGUUAUUACACUGAAAUUUUGAACCAAAUUUUCUGCCACAUAAAGACGUGCCACGUAAAGCCUUAACGUUGACCUGGCAGGUACUAAACUAAUGCUUAAAUUAAAUAAUUACCUAUCACAAUAAAAUUACUUAUGCAGCCGCAAGGACUGUACGCUGGUCUUCCGUUUUGCCGUGAUAUGUUACUUAUUGUCAGCACUUUCGGUCUUCGUCAAGCACAUCAGCUCUUGAGUUAGCGUUUAGUCUGCAUAAGUUUCGUCCUGGUUUUGUCUGUAUUUGGGAUUUUUUGGACUGCCAGCUGAACGCAUAAUGGACGCAUAAUGCUAAACGCAUAAUGAUCUUAACAAUGUGUUCAGUAUCGUGUUGGUAUCGUCGCGGCGGUAGAAAAUCCGAAAGAUCUACCCUACUGUAGCUUAACUGGCUACUAGAUCUAGCUUCAGCUUAAUUGGAUUACGCGACAUUCGAGCGAUCUGUCGUCCACAUGUCGCUAUUGCUAACUGUUGUUGACAUCACUCUCCAACCAAAUGAAGUUUGGAGCCCAACUCGCUUCCCAGCUGACACCGGAAUGGCGGACACAGUAUCUCAAUUACGAUGAUAUGAAAGAAAUGCUGGCGCAAGUCAUCGAACAUGCCCCGCGAUCAUUUAGCCCUACAAAUAUGAUGGAACAGCCCCACAUGGACCGCGCCAGCCGACUGCUGGUUUACUUCGCCGAGUUUGAAGACAAGUUUUUCGUAUACUGUGAUAAGGAACUUACUAAGAUCAACACGUUUUUUAACGAGAAAUUAGCCGAAGCGCAGCGUAAACUGGCCGCAUUAAAAAUGGAGCUGCGCGCUCAUUUCAACCUGUCGCAGUUGGGCGUGGCAGAAGACAAAGGGGCCCGUUUGUCGCACAAGAUGACAUGGUUCGCGGAGCUUAUGGACAAGGACGCCCGCAACGCCAAGCGCAUGUACCGAAAAGUGCAUGAUUUGAAGCUGGCCUUCUCCGAGUACUACCUCAGUUUGAUCCUCCUGCAGAACUUCCAGAACCUCAACACCACCGGCUUUCGGAAGAUUCUCAAGAAGCACGACAAGGUUCUGGAUACCGAUAAGGGCAUGACAUGGAGGAUCCAACACGUGGAAGUGUCGUCUAUUUAUCAGAGCAAAGAGGUCGACCGUUUGAUUAUGGAAACGGAGACAGUGGUAACAAAAGAUCUGGAAGCCGGUAACCGAAGUAAAGCAAUGCAGCGGCUGCGAGUACCGCCACUGAACGAACAAGCGGCGCCUUCGGUGUUCUUCCUUAUGGGUCUUCUCCUGGGCAGCUUCAGCAUCCUGCUGAUCGAUCUUGUCGCAGUAGCUGCUGUGUCGGGGCUUCCCUUCGACAUCUACACCACCUUUAACGCAACGACCAAUCAGACAACGAUCAAUCAUGACCGGGUUGACUGGCGCAUUGUCGUACGUUUGUACCGGGGUCCUUUUCUCUUCAUUGUGCAGCUCUUCCUCUUCGCCGGCAAUGUGCAUGGCUGGAGAUCAGCCGGUGUCAAUCAUGUCCUGAUUUUUGAACUGGAUCCGCGCAACCAUUUAACGCAGCAUCACAUUGUACAGCUGGCAGCGCUAUUUGCCGUAUUAUGGAUCAGUACCGUGCUUGCCUUCUUCCACAGCGACGCUGUGGGUGUACCGCAUUACGUCGUUCCCAUUAUUCUGCCUUCCAUCAUGCUGAUUCUUCUCUUAAAUCCUUUUCAAAUGCUGUUCUCCAGUGCUCGACGGUGGUUUCUCCGCACUUUGUGGAAGAUAAUAACUGCUCCCUACCACACCGUGGCCUUCUCCGACUUUUGGGUGGCUGAUCAGAUCACGUCUACGGUUCAGGCGUUGCAGGACGUCCAGUAUCUGUUGUGUUUCUACGCAUUCGAAGUACCUUGGGUGAAUAACGGCGUUCCCAGUAAGACUAGCAUCUGUACGUCGACAAGCCAUGGUAUCCGGCCGGUUCUAGCGGCCAUCCCGGCAUGGUUCCGUUUUGCUCAGUGCAUUCGACGCUAUCGGGAUUCCAAUCUGGCAUUCCCGCAUCUGGUCAACAUGACCAAAUACAGCCUGACCUUUUUUAUUGUCCUCUUUGCUACGUUGAAUGCCUUGCAUGGAGAGAAGUUUCCAAGCGACCCCAUAAUGCAUCGGCCAGUAUUCUACUGUUGGAUGGUUCUGACCGUCCUCGGGUCAUGCUAUUCGUUUGUCUGGGAUAUGCGAAUGGAUUGGGGUUUCUUGGAUUCCUCGUCCAAGGAACAUCCAUAUCUACGCGAUUCGCUGGUGUAUGCCUCGAUUCCGGUGUACCACGGCUGCCUGGUCCUGAAUUUCUUUUUGCGAUUUGCACGGACGUUUUCCAUAUCCACGGACGUAUUUCCUUUUGCAUUACAGGAAGUCCUGACAACCGUUCUAGCAAUUUUGGAGUUGAACCGGCGCUGUAUAUGGAAUUUCUUCCGUUUGGAGAAUGAACAUCUGAACAACUGCGGAGCAUUUCGAGCAGUCAGGGAUUUAGGAGCCGUUGCAGUACCACGUCCACGACCAGCUGCGCCUGCGUCCGACACUGAACGCAUACGACCGGAGCAGCCAGCGGCUGGCGAACAACCCGGACGGGAGCCUAAACCGGCUGAUUCCAAAGCGGAACUCUUCCCCAUUAACUUUGAUUCGCCGGCAUUUGCCGGACGCGAUUCCGAGGACCGAGAAAGCGGUGAUUCUUCCGCCCGCAGUCGCCGCAAAUCCUUCAAAGCCGAACUAUUUCCAUUGCGCGGGGUCACCGUCUACGAGAUCGACGAACCGGCGACGACAUCCGCACCGAAAAGGCGGUCGCUAACCGCGGCCGAGCUGUUCCCGGUCAACUGGAAACCCAGCAAAGCCAUUCCAGAAUCGGUCAGUGGGGAGUUGGGUUUGAAGAGUCACACCAGUCAAUUAAUUUCCGACACGAUGCUGGCCAUGCCGGAGACAAUUGAGGAGUCACCCGAUGAGGAGUACGCGUACGCCGCUGCUCUGAACACCAGGACAACGGCCACCAAUAUUGAUCACAUUAAGACGUUCUUGUAAUCAGUACAUUGAACAUUGAUGCAUUUAGAUACGAGGGUUUUCAUACUGUUCUUGAAAGACUGUUGUAUGUGCUUAUACCACUUCUUUAAUCUGGGAUAGUAGGGUAUGGCUACUAUGGCUGCUGUUUGCUGUGUGAGGUUGAUUAAUUUUCCGCUAUCUGAAGUAAAUUUUGUUAUUAGCUGCGAACUGGUGCGAAUACUUCUCCUGCAUACGCUUUUUUUAUUUCUGCUGGAAUGUGCACUUUUUCGAUAUUAUGGCGGGAUAUUAUUCGGUGUUUAGAAGCAAACGGCCCAUGACUGCAAU